AUGAUAUCUUCUUGGAAAACGUUUUUUAUCAAUCUCAAUCUUUUUAAACCACCAGCUGGUAGUGACCAAAGUGAAGAUGAACAACAACGUCGAUUCAAUACCCUUAUUACUCGGAUCUAUCUAGUUCUUCUCGCAUGUCUUCUCAUUUAUCUCGGCUUGUUUAUAUAUUCAGAUGUGAAAGAGAUCGUCGAGAAACGAGAUAAUCCGACUAAAGAAGAACUAGAUAGUUUUCCUGUCAAUACAGAAUGCCCGUGUUCUCGUAUUUCACUUUCAUAUGGUGAGUUUAUUUCACUGAAAUCGAAUUUACAUCAAAUAUGCAAGAGUGAUUUUGUAUCUGAUCGUUGGACUAAAGCCACCUACUCUGAUUCGAACGUUACGUAUCUCAAUUUAAACGACUUUCGAACUUUCGGCAGCGCUCAAUUUCAAGCAUUAGCCGGUUUUUGUAAUCAAUCAGGAUCUUAUCUUCGACAGAAUAUUGAUUUAUUUAAAAACGACAUGUUUAUCAGUCAAGAGCUUUUGACAAAGAGUCGUUUUCAAGAAGAGAUUAACUCAACUGUUACUCAAUUUCAACAGACUCUACCUCGAGCAUUCACAGUUCAAUUAGAACUGAUCCUUCACGUAAUAACCGGUAAUCGACUUAUCUCUGGUCUUCAGACAAACAUUAUCAUAUCAUCCGAUCAUCACCCUGAAGUUGCACCCGCUGAAUAUAUUGACAGGAAUAAGGCCUUUUGCGAUUGUGUUUCGGAUCAUCAAUGUAUUUCUGAUGCUAUCUUUAGUGACAUAUUCAAUGCAUCAACACGAUAUGAUUCCGGUAAUGAGACAAGCCUGCCUGGGUUAAAAUCAGGUUGUCUACCAGUGACUUCGAUUCUUGCAUCGACACUUCAGUGUUUCUACAAUCAGAGAUGUUUGAACAAGCUUGUUUCUUUUUUUCCAACAAAAGAAAACUUCUCAGCGAUGACAAUUAACAAUGCCAGUCGUUUUGGUCCACGUGCAACCGUGAAAUCAAUUGUCGAUAAUCUGAUGGUGGAAGACUGGCUUAUGAACAUGUCUUAUGAAAAGUACCGUGAUAAUUGUGCACCUCUUUCUUGUACUUAUCCAAAAGAAAUGAGUAAUACUUUAAUGGAUGUGGUAGUAAAACUCAUUGGUUUACUCAGCGGUUUGAUAUCCGCGCUGAGACUAAUGAUUCCCAUUAUUGUUCGAUUCAUCAUAAAAAAAAUAAAUAAUGUACAAUCUCCACCAUCCACUCUGACUCGUAAGUAA